AAUAAUCGAGACUCGCGUGCGUUCGCACAAAACCACUUCAUAACUGUUUGGCUACACGUUUAAGUUAGUUUACGCGCUGUUCRCUUUUCACUGCUCGCCUACUCAACUCGUAAUAACGGUUUAAGAACAUAUGCACACACACUUUAACAAGUUCGCAUAAGCGCAUGUGUGUGUAUAUGUAGUUGUGCGUAGUCCGCGACAUAUUUGUGCAAUUGGCGUUGACAGCGCUUUUUGUCAGCGCAAGCGUUUGACACCAAACACAUUCGAGACUUAUACACGCUCRGCGAGUGGCACGGCAAUUGGCCAUUCGGCAAAUUAGCUUACGUUCAAAAGCGUUUAAGCACUUGCUGUGACGCGUUCCGUUAAAAGUUGUGAAGUUGCGCCUAAAUUAAGUGGUAAUUUCGUGAAAAGACAAAAAACAAAUAAAAGUGUUUGUGCAAAAUAACAYAAAAUAAUAAAACUACUUACUUUAAAAGUAUAAGAAAAACCGUUAAUUGUUCUAAUAUUCUUCGAAAAUUAGUUGAAACMAUAAUUUUUUUGAAUUAAAACUACUUUUAUUAAAGUUAAACGCGAUUUAUCAACUCCUUCGGUAUAAAUAGUAAGUGCAGUGUUUGUGUGUCCGUGAGUUUACACUAAAUUGGCGCCACAACACCUCACCAUGUCAUCAACACACGAACAUGAGGAUGAGGAGCGAGACGAUGUGGAGGAUGAACAGGAGAUUCACGUUGAUGUGGAUUCGGAUUCACGUAUUUCAUGCGGCAGUGGAUCCGACGUGGAUAUGGAGGGCGGCAGCUGCUAUGAUGAAAUGGAAACGCCGCUAAGUGAAUCCGUGCAGUCGGAGCAAACGCGSUCAUCGUCUAGUGAGAAUUUGCCCUUUAGCAUAUCACGCUUGCUGUCGAAGCCCUUCGAAAACAACAACAAACAAAGUCCUGAAAAAGAUAUACAGAGUGAACAUGACUUGGCUGCGUACAAGUUGGCCACCAGCAUAGCAACAUCGACGUAUGGCGGCGCCACCGCACUCUAUACAUAUCCGCAUCUGUAUCCCACCGCAGMUGCGGCUGCCGCUGCCGGACAUGUACUACGCGUACCGCCGCAACGCACACCGCUAACCUGGGCGUUACCGCCGUUGCACCACGCCGCUCUGGCACAUCAGGCGGUCAAGGACAGAUUGGCAGCUGCCUUUCCCAUCACCCGUCGCAUCGGACAUCCAUAUCAAAAUCGCACACCACCAAAGCGGAAAAAGCCCCGCACAUCCUUCACACGCAUACAAGUCGCCGAAUUAGAGAAACGUUUCCACAAGCAAAAAUAUUUAGCCUCCGCCGAGCGAGCGGCACUGGCGCGCGGUCUUAAGAUGACCGAUGCACAAGUGAAGACUUGGUUCCAGAAUCGGCGUACGAAAUGGAGACGUCAAACAGCUGAGGAGCGUGAAGCUGAACGUCAAGCGGCAAAUCGUCUGAUGUUAUCCCUGCAGGCAGAAGCAAUUAGCAAAGGAUUUGCGCCACCACCAGCCGCGCAACUUUCUACACAAGCGGUUAACGGUGCUCCAUUGGCGGCACUGCACGGACUCCAGCCCUGGGCUGAGACACACGCGGCUGGUUGCUAAUCCUCCCCACACUAAGGACAAGCCGGAACCAGAACCGUAUUGGUGCACCAAAUAUCUAAGUGCAGUAAAGUUCAUUUGUGAUAUGCUUUGUAUAUAUAGGAAAAUCUACUACACUAACACAUACAUACAUACUAAAUAUUAUAUAUUAAACACAAGCAAAACGGAAUUAAUCUCAACAAAAAUGGAGUAUUAGCUAUACUGUUUAAUUUAUAAGCGUAAAGAGAAAAAGAAACUUAAUUAUUCUGAAAAAUAAAAUAAAACUAAGCCGAACUUAAGUUGUCACAGAGGAAAACUGAAGUAAAAAACAAAAACAAAAUUGAAAGAGUAAUAACAUUUUUGCAUAGUAGAUGUAGCUAAAACCUUUUUAUUUAUUGUCAGCUGGAGUUAUAGUGU